AUGCUGUUGGAGCUCGAGGUUUUUAGUAGUGAGCGUGCAUCCCGGGCCACCUCAACAGCCGUGACGGGUGGUCUAGCAGGUGGAGUCCUCGCCCGCGACAUUCAAUAUAUGCAAGCUCCCCCUGCACAUCAGCACAUGUUCAAAACGACGACAGCAACCAAAGUUGCCACUGCUUCUCCGACCACUACAACAGAAGAACCCGGAGCAGAAGAAGGGCAAGACCAACCGGCAGCCCUCAAAGCCGCUCCAUUGAUCAGCUCAGACGACCGCAGUGCAUCGUCGGGGCUAUACGCGAAGCGAGACGCGGGGGUCAGUGACGCCGUUUGGGAGCAGCUUCAACGCGACAAGCGAGAGGAGGUCCGGCGGGAGGCCGAAUACCAGUCGCUGAAGAAGCAGGCCGAGGAGGCGCGCGACGCGGACCGGGACGCCAUAGUCACGCGCUUGCUAGAAGAGGAAGAUAGACGGAAGAAGCAGCUAGCCCUAAAGGAAAAGCUGGCCAGGCUGGGAAUGUGUCCCGUUGGGUACGCGUGGAUCUCGCAAAGCGAUGGGGGCUAUAGGUGUGCAGGCGGCUCGCAUUAUUUGUCGAAGGGGCAGCUCGAGGGGUUAUGA